GAUAUCCCCAUCUUCUCCAACCAGGUCUUUUCUUUCGGCCCUUUAGAACGUGAGAAAUGCCGUCUCUUCUGUACUCGGGCCCGUCGUCGGCCAUGCGAAAGCAGGCCUCGACCAUUCCUCUUCGCGUCAACCCUGCACAGUCCGUGGCUUCCGUUCAGACAUGUAGUUCAUUUUCCACAUUAUGUCCACUGGCAAGGUUGAAAGCUUCACAUCGUCCUCAGUUCUCCCUCCCUACUCUCCCUACCCGCCAAAGCCGUACCUUCCUUGCUCAUCUCGGCCGUCAAGCGCAAGCCCUGAAACAACAAUCUCCCACUUCAUCGGCGACCUCAUCCCCAGCCAACUCAGACAAGAAACCCAGCCCGACCCUGCAGCUCACCAACCUCCCCUAUUUCGUCCGUCGCACCGCCUCCAACCAUCUGCCCGUCUACAUCGUCACAAAGGCCGGCGGCACCAAGCAACUCACCAAACUCCAGAAGACCGAAGGCGAUCUGGACGCGCUCCGCAACGACCUAGCUUCUGCCCUGGGUGUUGUUGAUGGAAACAAGCCUAACCCGGAUGUUACUCUCAACCGACUCACUGGCCACAUCAUUGUCAAGGGCUGGCGCAAACCCGAGAUUGUGAACUUCCUCCAGGAGCGGAGAUUCUAAUUGUUUUCUUCUCUAAUACCUCAAUCUUAUCUCACACGCUCGCGAUUGAAGAGCUCAUUGGAAUCAUUCGAAUGGCCCAAGAUUCACCCCCCAAAAAGCAUCAUCAUACCCCUAUUGCGAGGGGUAUGCCAGAGCAUACUUAUCGGAGAGAGCAAGAAUCACAUCACGUCGAAAACCAGGGAGGAGAAAGAAAGAAACGAACGCUCACGGUGGUCCCUGAUGUGGAUGGGUAAUAUCUAUUUUCUUGAUCUCUCUCUCCUCUUCCCUCUCGGU